AUGGCGGCCGAGCAGCUGGAGGAGUACGCGCGGGGGUUCAUGGUCUCGCAGGUGCUGUUCGCCAGCCUGGAGCUCGGCGUGUUCGAGGCCCUGGCCCGGGGGCCGCUGUCGGCCGAGGCCGUGGCCGCGCGCGUGGCCGGGAGCCCCCGGGGGACGCGGCUGCUGCUGGACGCGGGGGCGGCGCUCGGGCUGCUCGUGGUGCAUCCUGGGAGCGGAGAAGCGCUCUACGCGAACUCGGCCGCGGCCGCCGCCCACCUGACCCGCGCCGGCCCGGACUCGCAGCGCCGCCUGCUGGGCUACCUGGGCGGGGACGCCUACCGCUGCUGGGCGCACCUGGCCGACGCCGUGCGGGAGGGGCGGAGCCAGCACGCGCGCGCGGUGGGCGUGGCCGGCGAGGACCCGUUCGGCGCCAUCUUCCGCUCCGAGGCCGCGCGGCGCCGCUUCCUGGGCGCCAUGGAGGACGCGUGGGGCGCGCGGGGCCGCUCGCUGCUCUCGGCGCUCGGCCCGGCGGCCUGGCCGCGCGUGUGCGACCUCGGCGGAGGCACCGGGGCGCUGGCGCGGCUGUGGGCGGAGCUGCACCCGGGCAGCCACGUGACCGUGCUGGAGCGGCCGGAAGUGGUGGCGAUGGCCGAGGACGCGGGGCGGGUCCACUUCCGGGCAGGCGACUUCUUCGCGGACGCCCCGCCCCCCGCUGACCUCUACGUCCUCGCCCGGGUCCUGCACGACUGGGACGACGCCGACUGCGCCCGGCUGCUGGCGCGCGUGCGCGAGGCCGCCGGCCCAGGCGCCCAGGUGCUGGUGAUCGAGGCUCUGCUGGACGACGACGGCCGGGGGCCGCUGCCCGUGCUGCUGUCGGCGCUGACGAUGCUGGUGCAGACGCGCGGCCGCGAGCGCUCCGCCCCCGAGUACCGCGCCCUGCUGGCCGCCGCCGGCUUCCACGGCUUCCGCUGUGUGCGCACGGGCGGCCCGCUGGCCGCCAUGCUGGCCGGGGGCGCGCUGGAGACGACAGGAAGCGAGCUCGCCCCUACCGGAAGAAGUGACGCCGCCCGCACCGGAAGUGACACCCAGACACCCGGCAUCACCACCAGGGACUCACAGUGA